AUGUUCUUUACACCUUCUGGAAACAAGGCGUUCUACGGAACCGAAAUGUUCCUAAAAUUAAAGCAAACCAACAAGGCGCGGCGCCCAGCGGUGGCUUCUUGCAGGGGCAAAGAUGAUGACCGGCGCAGGAACAGAAUCCCCCGCCACCAUUGUGACUUGGUUGUGUGUUCUUCUGCGCCUCAACCGCGGGACAGAUAUGCAGGAUCGUUUCGCCUCGUCCCGUAUUUCCCCGCGAGGCAGAAAGCUUGUUCGUCACAGGUGUUCCUCUGCGAUUGGGCCGCGAUCGGAGAGAUCGAGGUACCUUGUAUAUAUUGA